UGACACAGCAGGAAUGUGUGAGAGAGUUCAAGUGUGGUAAAGUUAAGGAGGGCGUUUACUUUCAGUUUUGCACUGUAAGUAUUUAGUUCAGAGCAGCACUGGAUUACAGACGAAGACCAGACCCCUCAAACAAGCUCAGACCAUGGAGGAAACCUUUCCUUUCCAUUUCCCAUUAUCAGCCAGCCUGCUCUCUCUGCUCAGUACACUGCUUUUCCUGUUGGACGUGGUGCUGGACGUGUGGGCUAUUGUGUCGCUGUAUCAGGACGAGGAGUAUGUUUAUAUGGGAGUGUUGAUAGCUCUGCUGCUCUGCUCCUCGAUCCUACUUCAUGUUUUCAGCUGGAUCUGGUACUCGGACCCGGAAACCAGCACGGACAAAUUUGUGUGGAAGUACGGUUUAAUAGGACCUCUGCACGUCUUUCAGCUGGGACUGUUCCUCAGGUUUGCCAGUUUGGUAGAACUCUCCCUCCGCAAAGUUAUACAAAGAAGCGACCGCUUCCAAGAAGGAGUGGCUGUGUAUCUGAAGCAUGACCUCAGCGUGCUGCGGCUGUUUGAGACGUUUUCUGAAAGCGCCCCGCAGCUUGUUCUGAUGAUCAUGUUCACCAUGCAGGAGCAGGAGCUGCAGCUGUUUACAGCCUUUAAAAUAGCUGCUUCACUAAUGUCCAUCGCGGUCAGUGUGCUGUUUUACCAUCGCGACAUGCGUGACUUCAUUCCUGAAGAUCAGAAGAUGGGCUGGUCCUCCUCUGCAGUUUUCUUCCUGUGGAACCUGCUCCUGAUUACCCCUCGGGUGCUUGCUGUCGCCCUCUUCGCCUCCAUCCUGCCCUGCUACAUCGCUGCUCACGUCCUGUCCUGGUGGGCGCUGCUGUUUCUCUGGGCCUGGAGGCAGAAGACAGACUUCAUGGACACUGAAGGAGGCGAGUGGCUCUACCGGGCCACCAUAGGACUCAUCUGGUACUUCAGCUGGUUUAACGUGUCAAAGGGAAAGACUAAAGUGAAGAGCAUCAUCUACCAUGUGUGCAUGGGGGCCGACAUGGUGCUGCUUCUGGUUUUGUGGUUUUGGAAAAGAUCCGUGGAAUCGGCUCGUAUGAGUCCUCUGCCAGUUAGUCCCUACAUACUGAUUGGUGGGUUGCCUGUGCUUUACAUCACUGGACUCCUAGUAAAACUGCUCUACUACUGGAAGUUCCAUCCCAACUGCCCAAGUUUGAGAUUUGAGACGCCAUCGGUUGAGCUAUGCAGAGUAGGUGCAGGUGCGAAUGUUUUGGUUGAGACAGAUUCCGCUGACAUAGGACGUAGGAAUGGAGCCGACAAGAGGAUGAGGAACAUGGCUGCUAAUUUCUACUACUAAUUUAGACUUGAUAAGGUGUACGGCUGGAGCCCUAGAGCCAGAUUAGGCCUAAUGCUGCAUUCACACAUGCUUAUGGACGACAGCAAGGCCUGCAGACUGCAUCAGGGAGCAGAACAUUCCAUGAAAAGUUCGAUUUUUCCAACUUUUGGUGUCGACCACAGUGGUGGAAUAAACCGGAUGUUGAUUUUUUUGUAAGUGAUGGACGCCAGACGUGUUGUUGUUGAUCUCCAGAUGAAACUAGUAUUACACACAAUUACAGUAUUAGGUGCUAGUAAAAGGCUGGACCCCUUUUUGCCUUCAGAACUGCCUUAAUUC